AUGGUUACCUCUGUAACGAUUCAAAUUUGCCGCAUUCACCAUUUUAAGAGAAAGAAGAAGCUCAGAAACAUCCUUAUGAAGAAGAUUUCUCUCUUCAAUGCCCAAGACUUUGAAAGCAACUCCUUUAUUCAUAUGCUGCAUAAAGCAGUCGGUGUCUAUAUCUCAUUGACAGAUUAUUCGAAUCCCACUGAUAAGACAUAUCGAGGACUGAGAUGUGAUCAUAACCUUUUUCAUUGGUUGGAUUUGUGUGAUCCUCAAUUCACGAUCACUGUCAACGGUCAUUGGGGGCCUGAGCGUUACAAAACAAUAAUUUCACACAUCACACCAGCUUUCGAAAAUUCAAAAGAUAUCCAUUCGGUUUACUCAACCAGAGGAGAAUUUGAUACAUUACCGCUGCUUUCGCAUUCUUCUAACUUUGCGAAGGCUGGGUCCGUAGAGUUUGGAAUACCAGUUAACACGGCGAGUAAAUCAGUGACUCUUGUGCCCACUUGGAAGCCUGCCGACGCUCCUCUUGGGCUAACCUUACGAGAACUGGAAUUCUACAGUUCCAGACUUGUCCGUGACGUUGGUAUUUCUGCUAACUGGGGAUUUUAUGGACCUCGAUGUGAAGUGGAAUGCACGCCAGAACCUGAUUGGUCGUGCCAUCCUAAAACAGGAGCGCGUAUCUGCACACUUCCAUGCAAUCGUGGUAAUUGUGUCGUUACAGAACCCCUUUGCGUUUACAGCAGACACAAUGUUGAUCCUGAGAACUGUCAAGGCAGUUCACCUUCAUCUAGUACCCUUGUCAAGACUGGAGAUACAAUUAAUGGAAGAAAGUAUUAUCGCGUAUGUGCUUCCAAGCAAAGUCAGCUUCCUCUUACGCCACUUGAAAGCGAAAAAUUUGGCGUGAUGGAAAGCAAAGGCAUCUAUGAAGACAUUGAUAACGACGAAUACCUAGACCCAAAGAUGACUGAUACAUAUGAACAGCUGCCAAUUCCACCCUCACCUCGAUCCUAA